AUGUGCACAGCAGUACCCAUAGUAAUUCUCACUACUACUAUCACUGAUGCCCCUCCAUAUAAACCAAUUCAGUGCAAGAGUCAAUACACCAAUCAUCAUCACCUCUUUGUCAAGAAGACAUUUUUUGAAAUCAACUUAUGCUGUACUUGGAGCCAAACAUUCAGAGCAUUUGUCUGCCAAGUGCUCUGGGGUUUGGUGCCUUUUACACUGGCCUUAAUACUGCAUGAUUCAUUUUUUUCUCCCCUCAUCAUUAUCUCCAUCAAUUUAAGGAGAUGGGGUGUAUUUGAUGCAUGUGUCCUAGCAAAUUGUUUGCAGAAUGCUACACAUGGAGUCUGUGUGUCCCCUGGAAAGUGGCCUAUGGAGACAACCCAACAUGGAAGUGGCUGUGGUGGAACAUUACCCAAUGUCUUUGGCAUGCUAGAAUAUCUGGACACAGACCUCAACCCUGCUAUGGGCACUUUUGUCGAUUCAUUUGACCACUGGAUUGGCACAUUCAUGACAGACCCCAACAUUUGCCAGUGCCUUUUUGAAAUAUGUGUGCCUGUCUGGAUGGUCUGGAAACCCAAUCGUGUACCCCCAGACAUGCAAGUGUUGAAGACCAUCAAGGUUACAUGCCCUCAUGACAUAGUCACAGAUCCUGUGGUUUUUGAGGUUGGGCAGAUGCUGAAAUGGCACAGUGCCUGGUACCACCCUGGCCUGGCAAUUGGGCUCGAGCAAUUUUUGGCUCCCUGGCUGGAACCACUAUGCACCAGCAGUGGUGUGGCCUCGACUCCCACAAGCAUGGGUCCCACAGCUUCCAAUGCUGCAAGUUCCAGCAGUGCAAGUUCAAGUAUGGGAGCUGUUAGGACAGGCAGGGCUCGACAAUGUAAUCAGCCAUAUCCCCCUGUGGGCUUGAGAGGAGCCAAGCUGUCAGUCAUUCUGAAUCCUGAACUGUGGGAAGACCUUGGUGAUCAAGCUAUUCCCCCUACUAUGUCUGCAUAG